AUGCGACUCUUAACCGUUUUAGCACUGCUUGUCUACGCUGAAGCACAUGAGCAUUCGUUCAUUGAUGUCAAGAAAGUGAUCAGGGACGCGUUAGAUGUGGUGGCAUCAAUGCCAACCAAUACGCCUCAAAGCUCAAAUGAUGUUGCUCAGCAACAACCACCGCAGUCGUUACUAGCUGAUGAAGCACGACGUCAGCUGUCGCGAAUUUUCCAUGUACCAUCUGACUUUGUACACAGACUAGCUGCACAAAGUGGUUAUUUGGAUUAUGAUCCAUCUUCAACAACUUCAACAACUAUGAAACCUUGGUUAAACACAUUUCCACCAGAGUUUCGAUUUUUGACCGCGAAAGCAUCGAGCACUGUUGCCAGUGAAGCUUCUUCAACAAAGAAGACGUCAGUGCUGAACGAGGAAACAUCAACCUCCAAUAUUGCUUCAACUUAUGACAAAAAUCAUGAAGAAGUAGCGUUCGUUCAGGAAACUGAAGAGCCGACAACGUCAUCACCAUCGCCUCAGCAGUCAACAACCAAACCAGUUAGUACUACUACUUCACAGCAACUCAUUCCUUUGCUACUAGCACCGGUACAAACCCAAGGCAAUGCACUCAAAUCAGCACAAAACGAACAAAUCAGUUCACGAAGCAAUCAGCCUAUCUAUUAUCAGCCAAUUGUAUUAGCACCGAGCCAACUUUCUCAACAGUUUCUGCCACAAAUUAUUAAUUCCAAUGGCCAAACUUAUUACUUAGCUCUACCUCAAGCGCAACUGCAACCUCCACAACCAAUCGCAUACGUACCUUUAUCAAGCAAUUCCAAUCUCGCACCUAUUCUUCAGAAAGCCUCCCCGACUUUCGUCUUACCUAGUAACGGUAGUCCUAUCGUUACCAAUAUUCAAACUGCUCAGAAUGCACCCACCGACUCUGAUAAAUGGUCAGUUGAAGUUCCACAGACCGAACGACAAGUCGUUUUCGAAAGUGAAGCCAAGCUGCAUUUACCCCGUCAAAUCGAUUCGUUCGUUACUGGUGAUGAUGGGAAAGAAUCUAGCGAUGAUACUUCCAGAAUCGAGAAACACUCAACGUUUUCACACAUAGAGAAAAAUGAUAUGAUUCAUAAUCAGCAAAGCCAAAUGCAAAAACAAGUCGACGCAGAGCAUCAAACCAGCACAGCGCCUCAUCGUCAUUAUCCAAUGAACAAAUCCAUCAAGUCACUUUCUGUUCGAACCAAAUCCACCGAGCCAUUCUUCACAAUCAAAACCGAUGAUGAAUCGAUUCAUCAUCCUCUGAAACAGAUCCGUAUCAAUCGUAUAGAAUAUGCUGACGAUGAUUCAAAGAACAAUCUCAGCAAUAUGGAAGUAGCCGUCAAGUCUCUAAUACCUGAACCUGCACCUGCAUCGGCUGAUUUCAAGAAAGCCAUCCAGGAGUCAUUGGCAUUCGAAGAGCAUCGCAUAGAAAUGUUGCGUAAGAAAAUGACUGAUGAUCGCAAACGAUUUGGUUCAAGAAAAAUUCUGCUUGAAUCACUGAGGAAGAAACCGACGAAGAUAAGAGAACAACACAAACAAUCCGUUCUUUCGAAUGUUUCUUCUUCUUGA